UAAAACACAUGAGUUUGUGUAUCACGAAACAACACAAACCCAAAAGACCACUUUCUUUUCCCCAACAAUUCUCCUCGCUCUUUCAUCUUUCCCGUUGAACAGAAGGAAAAAUCAACAAAAAUCAACCCCAAAAUAUAAACUUGAAGAAAUUCCCAAUUCCAAGAUUUUACCAUUGAAAACCUAAGAUUUCACCCUAAUUGAAAAAAUGUUCCGUCAGUCCACCAUCCAAUUCAUCAGAUUUACCAAAUCUAGUGCUUUAUCAACUGCAGCUGAAGUUCCUGCAAUUCCUACUGGGGUUUCAAAAUUUGAAGAGCAAUGGAAGAAACUGAUACCGAACAUGGAUCCUCCAAAAACCCCUUCUUCCUACAUGAAACCUCGUCCUCCUACUCCUUCUACUAUCCCUUCUAAGCUUAAAGUUAAUCUUGCCCUUCCUUACUCUUCUAUGCUUUCAUCUAAAGAGGUUGAUAUGAUCAUAGUUCCCGCAACCACUGGUCAGAUGGGUGUGCUUCCUGGUCACGUUCCCACAAUUGCAGAGUUGAAGCCAGGGAUCAUGUCCGUCCACGAUGGGAAUGACGUGACUAAAUACUUCAUUAGCACUGGAUUCGCAAUGAUUCAUGCAAAUUCACAUGCUGAUGUAGUUGCAAUUGAGGCGGUACCUAUUGAUCAAAUUGACCCUGCUGCUGUUCAGAAGGGCCUUGCUGAAUUCAACCAAAAGCUCAGCUCUGCGUCCACUGAUUUGGAGAAAGCUGAAGCCCAGAUUGGAGUCGAUGUUCACAGUGCUCUUAAUGCUGCUCUCACCGGCUGAUAUUAGACAGAGUAUGAUUUUUUUCUCCUGUUUUGUUUAAUUCAUUCGAGGUAAUGUCGAAUGUUUAGAAUCAUUUACAGUACAGUACAGCUCUCUCUAGAUGACGCUGUGUUCGCCCUGGAAUACGAAAAAUAAAUUGAUGUGAAACUGGAGCCAUUCGUGCGUUUUUGCUGGAAACUCAUUCAAUCAUUAUUUGAGUGAGUAUCCAUUUUUGUAUGUAGUAUGUACGGCCAUCUUUGGUCAGUAGAAAAGUUGCAUCAUUGGACAUGUAUCCUGAUGUGCUAGAGUUUUAAGUUCUUUUCAUGCUAAACCAUCAUCCCAAUUUGUAUUUCGCUUAAGAGAAAUCAAAUUUCAUGUGUCAAAUUGAAGAUCUGCUUUUAUUUUCUACA